CAACCCGACAUCUUCUAAUGCCUCACCAGCGCAAGCUCAAUGUCAUCUUGCCACACGCCGAAAAGCUAGCCCUCCAAGAACGCUCAGGCAAGCCUCUCGCACCCCAACAAUUCUGGAUCGUCGCCUGGUCAGAGUCCCGUCAAACAUCCCUUCCCUCUCCAAGCAAACCAUCGACUCGGAAAUGAACACCCUCGCCCAGUACUUGUCCAACACCGUCGACCCGCGCCGUGUCUUUUCUGUUUUUGGACAAGAGGCCCCCGUGCAGGCUCUUUCCAAAUACUGGUCCGAAUACACUGGACACAGCAUCGUUCCAGAGCCCUACUACGAAGCUAGCUCGUCCUACUGCACCCGCAACACCAUCGUCUCGAAACCAGAGUCGCUCCCUUCCGGCCACGAGAUGCGAUUGGCGGGCCAGAGUGACUUGCCUGCAGUCAGUCAGCUGUGCCAAGAGUUUGCCGCCGAAUCA